ACGAAAGCGGUACAACUUACGUACCCAACCUAUACAACGCCUCCUCGUAUGAAAAAUACUCUCAGCAGUCAGUGUUGGAGGUUAUCGGUGGCGGUGUUUGACAACCGCGCGGUUAACCCGGUAUAGUCAUGGUACGGUGGUAGAAUAAGACGUUUGUGGUACAAUAAUAGUAAUUCUAGUAACUGUAUAAUAACAUUACAGCUGCAGUACCGCUUAUAUAUUAUAUACCGGUACAUCUGCUUAUAUGUAUCCGGGUUGUUAUGUAUCGUAAAACGAAAGCGGUACAACUCACGGACCUGACCUACAACGCCGUCUGGUAUAAUAACACGCUCGGUUACCGGUGUCGAUGUUCGGAAACCACGGGCGUCUUCCGCAAGAGAACCAUGUCCGCGUCCUCCGCGUACACGCUUGUCUCGGGCGUGGCGUUCGGGUACGCCACGGUCGCGGCUGUCCAGACGCUGUCCCGACUACCGCCGCCCGUCGCCAUGUCCAACUUCAACCGCAUACUUUUGAACUUUGGCUACGUCACGUUGGUCGCACCGUCAGCCGUCGUGCCCGUCAUCAUGUGGUUCGAGACGACCAAGCUCCAGGCGUACCUGCACGAGUGGCGACUGUUCCAAGACAAUUACGACAGAGUGGUCGGCAAUUCGGUUGGUACUGCAACCGUCGAGAAACGGGUGAACAGGAUCUAUCGAUCCAUAAUCGUGACGUUGUCGAUCGCGGGAGUUGCGAUCUCGUAUCUGUCGUCGACCGCGAGCAACGUACUUGUACUCGUCUGCGCGAUAAAAAGCCUAUCGAUCAUGGUCUUCGUCGCGGGAUUUUGGCUGGUCGGUGCAAUUGUGAUCGAGGCGACAAUCGACGGCUACAAGAGAAAAAUACAAACGGACUUGGACGGGAACGUGAUGGAUUUCGGAUUGGCCGCCCGGUCGGUGGAAGACUACCGGCUGCUGUGGCUGCAGAUGAGUCGGCUGGUGCACGGGGCCGGCCACUACAUGUCGGCCACGGUGACGUUUUGCAUAUUUCACACGACCGUGGCCGUCGUCUUGAGCGUGUACGCGCUGGCGGUGUGGGGCGCGACGCUCGUCGCACUGCGCCGGUACGAGCCGCUCGCGUGCGCCGCGGUCGCGCUCGUCUGCAACGCCACGUCGCUGUACGUGUACUGCGAUCGCGGUUACAGCCAGACGAGAAAAUGCGUGGACAGCGUGAUACUACUUAUAUUGAAAAUGAAGUCGUCGGCGAGAUGGACAAAUUCGAAUUACAUUCAGAUAACGAUGUUUUUAAAUGCCGUAAAUCAAUAUCAACCAAACGUGAAUGUGAUCGGUUUCUACGAAAUCAACAGAGGAUUGCUUGGCUCGAUUUUAUCCUUGCUUUUGACAUACUUAAUAGUUCUCGUACAACUGAAUUCUUCGUUUACCACGCCGAGUACUGCAGAGCGGGACUACAAUACAACAACGGCAUGAAUGAAAGGAAGCGGUUAUAAUCAGAAAAAUAUUCAUUGUUAAAUUAAUAUUUUAUUUUUUUAAGAAUUUAAAUUUCCAAUUUCUUAUAAUUAAUG